GUCAGAUGAUCCUMAAACCCUCUAAAYGUUGGCAUGAAUACGACGACUACAGUCAACCGGGACCCGCUUCAUGUUGCAAUCUUAAAGAAUGUGAUCACUGUGGCCCUCUCCCUUGCCAUUAUCUACAUUAAUGGGACUCUGGUUCAUAUAUUCAGAAAACAUCAGGUUUUCAAYACAAAUUCUCGUUACAUCCUGUACAUCCACCUGGUAAUCAACGAUAUCUUCAUGCUGGCWUUGAUGAUCCUCCUCCAAGUCCUUAGUUACAUUUUGUUCACACUCAAUGUCUCAUUUUGCAUCAUCAUGCUCAUGCUUGCCGUAUCUACAGGUCUAAACAAUCCCUUAACUCUUGCUGCCAUGGCUCUAGAGUGCUACCUGGCCAUAUGCUUCCCUCUCCGCCACCCUCAGAUCUGCACGGUCAGGAAAACUUACAUUGUGAUCACUGUGAUAUGGGUCCUAAGUUUAUUGACAAUCUUACCAGAUCUGUUCAUAAUUAUUGCCACGAGACCUGCAGAAUACUUUCAUUCCAGGAUYUUYUGCUURUKGGCUAAYRUUUUUACAGACCCGAUCCUUACAAAGAAGAAAGAUGUAACCAACAUUUUGUUUCUAGUCAUUGUUUGGCUCAUUCUUUUUUAUGCAUACUUUAAAAUACUUUUCACUGCACAGGCUGCUUCAGUAAAUGCAAAGAAAGCAAGGAACACUGUCCUACUUCAUGGGUUUCAGCUGUUGUUGUGCAUGCUAAGCUAUAUUCACAGUAUAUCAAUAGAGGGCUUGUCAUUUUUGUUUCCAAAAGAUACUCUAGCCAUUCGGUAUGUAAUUUCUCUACUGAUUCAGGUCAUGCCAAGGCUCAUCAGUCCGAUGGUUUAUGGCAUAAGGGACAAAAUGUUCAGACAGUACCUUAAAAGAUACUGGCUACCUUUAAAUUCAAACAUUUCUCCAGAAAAUGUCCAAAAAAGUUGAACAUAAGGAUGUUUAUAUUUCAAGAACCUUUUUAAAGGCCCAAUAUGGUCUUUGUCUUUGUUCCUUUGUAUUGAACUACAUAUAAUAGUGUAAAAAGAGGAUACCUCACUAAAAGUCUACCCCGUAUAACAGCUUUGACAAGGAGGUAGCACUUUUGAUAUUACAUCAUAAAGGGUGUAGGUUGAAGAAUUACGAUGCAGUUAAAUUUCAGUUCAGUUGUGCUUCAAUUGUCUGUGACUUUCAUUUCUUUGUCAUGUUUUUUUUCUCCACUUUUUUAUUGUUUCUGUACGAGCUGCACUGAAACUUCACCGAUUAA